UAAAGCCGCUGUUGGCUCGUUAAUCUCCCUCGGAAGGAAAGAAAUUAAUAAAAAACAAACUACAAGUGUUUAUCUUUUGAUUGUUUAUGCGCUCAUGUUUCGAACUCAACCGUUUUGCAACAAGUUUCCUACAGUUUUGUUUUCUCAAAAGUGUAUAACUUCCUGUUGAUUGCGAUUAUUUAAUUUGAUAUCAUAAUUUGAAAAAUAAUAAAAGUAACAUAUCUGCGGCAUAAAGUGAAUUCAAAUAAUAUCGCUGAUAUCGCGCCCUGGGGAAAACUCGGGUAAAACUUGAGUGAAAUGUCAUGUACUUAUGCGGAUGGCUUGUCGCCCUACGAGAACAAAGGCGUAUUAGGCUUAGAGGAGAAAUACGACACUCAAGAAACACUUCGACUCAAGUGUGAUCUUCUUGCCGAUUGGAUUAAAGGUGCACGGCAUGUUGUCGUUCACACAGGAGCUGGCAUUAGUACAGCUGCUGGAAUCCCUGAUUUUAGAGGACCGAAUGGAGUUUGGACAUUGGAAAAAAUAGGCGAAAAACCAUCAAUGAGUGUCGCUUUCGAUGAUGCGAUUCCAACAAAAGCGCACAUGGCGAUUAAGAAAUUAGUCGACAACAAUAAAGUUAAGUAUAUAGUAAGUCAGAAUAUUGAUGGAUUGCAUCUAAAAUCGGGAGUUGGAAGGCAAUCUAUUGCGGAAUUACAUGGAAAUAUGUUUGUCGAACAAUGCGACAAGUGUGGAAGGCAAUUCAUCCGUAACCGUUCAACAAAAAGUGUUGGUAAAAAGUGUCUCGAAACGGUCUGCAGAUCAAGUCAAACGGGAGGUCGUCCUUGUCGUGGAAAAAUGCACGACACAAUUCUCGAUUGGGAACACAGUUUACCAAAUGAUGAUCUUACACUUUCUGAUCUUCACUCCAGUGUUGCCGACUUGAGCAUAUGUUUGGGAACGACUCUACAAAUAAUACCCAGUGGAAAUUUACCUUUAUACACGAAAAAAUACGGUGGUCGUCUUGUUAUUUGCAAUCUACAACCAACAAAACACGACAAAAAAGCCGAUUUGAUAAUAAAUGGAAAAAUCGACGAAAUCAUGACAAAUGUCAUGAAAACAUUGGGUCUCGAAAUUCCUGAAUACGAUGUUGAUUUGGAUACAACGAGAAAUCCCGAUACAGAUUCGCCCGAAAUGGAUUGGACGAUACCGAGUAAUUUAAUAAAAGAAAUGAAAAUUCUCUACAAAAAAGUAUGCACACCAGUGAAACGAAAGCGAAAGACAUUUAUGUACGAGAGAGAAAUGCCAAAACCAGUGAAAAAAGAGAGAAAAGCAGCAUUCCUACCAAAACCCGAUAUAAAACCCGAAUUAAAAACCCUCAAUGAAGCAAUGAGCAAAAUACCCGAACAAAAGGGUACAAAUAUUUUAUCAAAUGAAAAUGACCUGAGUAUUAAUCAAAAUCAAGAUUACAUGAAGGAUUUUAUAAUAAAACAAGAGCCUACAAGUAGUAAUAGCGAGAAAAUAAAUGACGACGACGACGACACCGAUUUUAUCGCCAACGAUACAUUCGAUGUUAAUGAUUGCAAUGAUAUAAUUGACGCCAUUGACAGUAACAUUAUAUAGUAGCAUCAGGCGGGACAAAAUCCAUUUUUCCCUACAUUUUAGUACCUAGCAACGUGGCCGUAUUUAUAAACGCAUAUUUGUAAUUGUGAGUGAUUGAAUCAUAAAUAUUUAUCUAUAUAAAAAGAAAAAUAUAAAUAUCUAUGCGAGAAAAAGAGAUAUUUAAGCGAGAUAAAAGAAAAUAGAAUUUUGAUCGAUGCGAG